CUGCCUACACCCGGCAGUUCCAGCCUCAGCCAGGCGACGUGACGUCAUCACAGAGCGCUGAGCUUGAGAGAGGACUGCGGACCAGGCGGCAGCAGGAGCCGGCACAGCCAGAACAUGCUGAGAGCAGCGAGCCGGGCCGGGAGCGCCCUCCUGCGGAAUUCCCAAAUAAAGGCCCCCAACACCUGGAAUAAUGAGGCCCGGCGGUGUGCUUCCUCCGGCCUCCCCAUGAACACCGCUGUUUUGUUUGUACCCCAGCAGGAGGCCUGGGUAGUGGAGCGCAUGGGCCGCUUCCACCGUAUCCUUGAGCCUGGUCUGAAUCUGCUCAUUCCAGUCCUGGAUCGCAUCCGCUAUGUACAGAGUCUGAAAGAAAUAGUGAUCAAUGUUCCGGAGCAGUCUGCCGUGUCUCUGGACAAUGUCAGCUUACAGAUAGACGGAGUGCUGUACCUGCGGGUCAUGAAUCCAUAUAAGGCCAGUUACGGGGUGGAAGACCCUGAAUAUGCAGUGACGCAGCUGGCGCAGACCACCAUGCGCUCCGAACUCGGCAAGCUGUCUCUGGACAAGGUGUUCAGGGAGAGAGAAUGUCUGAAUGCCAACAUCGUGGACGCCAUCAACCAGGCUUCCGAUGACUGGGGUAUACGGUGUCUGCGGUACGAGAUUAAAGAUAUUCAUGUGCCCCCCAAAGUGCGAGAGGCCAUGCAGAUGCAGGUGGAGGCAGAGAGAAGGAAGAGGGCCAUGGUGUUAGAGUCUGAAGGGACCAGAGAGUCUGCUAUCAACGUGGCUGAGGGCCAGAAACAGUCCCAGAUCCUGGCCUCCGAAGGAGAGAAAGCAGAGCAGAUAAACAAAGCAGCAGGUGAAGCCAACGCCAUCUUAGCCAGAGCCAAUGCCCGGGGAGAGGCGAUCCGUUUGAUAGCGGAGGCGCUCACUAAGCAGCAUGGCGAUGCCGCAGCGUCUCUUUCUGUUGCGGAGCAGUACGUGGCCGCCUUCUCCAAGCUGGCACAGGAGUCCAACACUAUUCUUCUGCCCACCAACACCGGCGACAUCAGCGGCAUGGUGACCCAGGCGAUGGGGAUUUACGGCGCGCUGACCAAAAGCUUACCUCAGAAGAGCCGCUCGGGCCACCGUACAGACACAGAGGUGAACAGGUUCACAAGGACAGACGAGGUGAACCAGAACGACUGAGGAGUUACCCCGAGAUAAGGACCCAGACUGUGUAUAGGACUUUUUUUUUUAUUAUUAUAAUUAUUAAUUGUCACAUGCAAUAAUAUAACAUUGGAAACAAAUCUA